AUGUCUUUUGCUUCUCGAUUGCCAGGUGCUCUCACCGUUCUUUUCUAUCUUCAAUGCUUCUAUAAUGUGGUCUCGGCGCAGAAUGAGACCGAGAUACUCCCUGGGUUUGGAGAUACAGUGCAAAUUCUAGGAGCGAUGGAACGGACGGAUCAAGACUUCAAGGACGGUCUAGCACUCGAUCUUUUCUCUCCAACGAAUCGGACCUUGAUAGUAAAGCAAAACAAGUCUCCUCUCGCCGCGCAAUUUAUUACGGGUACCACAGGAGAGCCAUUCGUUGCGUUGUCAAACUACUCUUAUAUAAUCCAGAUGAACGAAACAGCCAAUGACCUAAUCGCCAAGAUCGAGAUUCCUUAUGACCCAGUUCAACUCAACGAAAUCGGAGUUCAAGAAGCCAACACAUAUGUCGCAACCUUAUCAUCCGACAAGACAAGUUGGGUCAUCAAUGAUGCGACCAGGAACGUACAUCGAAGCGAAAACAAUACUAGAAUUAUCAAGAUGACUUCUCUGGAUGGCGAAUACCUCCUGGUCGGCAGACAAACUGUAGAUACGAGCAACAUUUUCGUUCAGUAUGGCCAAGGGGCAACCAGGACAGUCAACAUGACCGGCGGUAUCGGAACUCAAGAAGCAGAGUUCGUGGAUGGCUUGCGCUUCUCGGUCCAGACCAAUACGUCCAUGACCAUGAAUGCCGACAUCAAGAAUGGUAUAAAUCCUGGGACAUUACCGGCCAACACACAGUCUUUGAAUUCUUUCGCAUGGGUCGUCAACACAAGCGCUCCUUUCAUGAAAAUAAAUGCUCAGAUGCUAGUCCCUUUCAAUCGUAAUAUGCUGGUAGCAUUGAAACCCGCAGGCUCUUCGCCGUCCACUAUGCUCACCGUCGCUAAGCGGCCUCUAAACGCCACAAACGGACAAUUUAUGCCUGUUAAUGCUGGAGUGCAAGUAGUAAAAGAAUUACCUGAAGACAGGAUUCAGAUCCCAGAGAUGACCCAACUAGAUGGCCAGUAUGUCAUUCUGGUGACAAAUCCAAAGCCAGUAGGACAGACUCUACCUGCUUCGAGUAUUGUGGGCCCGGAAAAGAAGAAGAGAGCUUCUCAUAUUGUGAAAUAUGUGUAAAUAUGUCCC